AGCGCUUGCCGGUUAUUCGGUGUCCACAUAUCUAACCUUUUGCAAAAGUUCGUUGGAGCAGUGUCAGGUGUAAAACCGCAGCCGGCUCUCUUUAGGAGUUGUCAGCGCGCGUAUUUAGCGCUAAUCAACCUUGCCAGAGCGUUCUCCACGGCUGCAGCACGGAAGUGAAGCUUCCCUUUGGCUCCGAUGCUAGUUGCCGAGCUGUCACUGUCACUGGAGUCCAUCGUUGAACGACGCGAUCAUUGGACGCGACAUGCGCGCAGUUCGUGUUCGGACUACUGUUGCGUCGAACUUUGUAUUUCGUGCAAGAGGAGGUGACCUUAUCUUUCGUCGUACACGCUGAAACGCCGGUGCCGAUGCAAAUAACGCGAGGCCUAGCGAAGUCCAACGGCGCGAUCGCUUGAUUUGUGAAAGCCGUGUUCAGAUGGCUGUCAUGAACGAAUCUCACAGCGCAGCCGCGGAGCUGAAGGCGCAAACACCUGGAUUCGUUCAAAAUGGGUUCCUGACCACUCUGAAGAAGUGGGAAAGCCUAGCGAGGAUAUUUCAUUGGAUGGUCUGGACGUCCGGAUUGGUUUACGUUCUCGGAUGCUUCGUGACAUGCAAAACGAAUUCUACAUUGCCCGAAAUUACUCCUGACGAGUUUGUCGACGGUUCUUACGGUAUCCCUCGUGACAAGGACACUGCUGACGAGGAAUGGUAUCGCUACAGCACUGCCAUCCGCAGGUUUUGGCCGUGGAUUCUGGUGCAGCCACUCAUCAGCCGCUGCUUUCUUGCCAAAUAUCACGAAUGGCUUCCCUGUUUCUAUGCUGCGUACAGCACAUUUUUCCUGCUCUGCAAUGUUGGUUGGGUGACGACCGUGUCUUUCUAUGCCCUGUACGUCGCCUUCUACGUUUCUGCAAAGUACAGAAGUACAUCGGUGUGCUACCUUCUGGGUCUUGCCGUUAUCAUCCAUUCAGCCUUUCCCGUGCUGACAUUCCUAAAGCCCGUUUAUCUUUACCACGGUAGUGUGGAGACAUUCCUCACGCAAGUCGGACUUUCGUGGACAGCAGCCCGGUGCCUGAGCUUUGCCGUGGACACGAUCGCGAGACCCGUUGCGGAGGACAGUCCCGAGGUCGACACAACACUGGCAUACGUCCUCUACCUGCCGGCUUUGUUUACAGGCCCCCUGCAGAAUUACUCGGACUUUCUUGCGCAGGUCACAAAAGGGAAGACAGCCUGGUCAGUGCGAGAUAUCACGUAUCCUGCUGCACAGGUUGGGUUGUGUACACUCUACUACUUUCUUCUAGAAGCCCUUCUACACUAUUUUUACAGCUCAGCCCUGGCGUACUACCCCGACCUCGUGACAGAGAUGGACGACCCCAGCCUCCUGGGUCUCGGGAUCUGCCUCACAGUGCUAUUCUUCCUCAAGUACCGAAUACUCUACGGGCUCGGGUCGGCUGUGGCUGGCCUCGAGGGCAUGUCGCUCCCUCCACCACCCAAAUGCGUGAGCCGCAUUCACCUCUGCUCCUACCUUUGGAGGCACUUUGAUCGAGGACUUUACCUGUGGAUACAGAGGUACAUCUAUCGGCCAAUCGUGGCUCAUGGGUGGACACCUCGGCGUCGCAUGAUGGGGGCGGCGGCAAGCUUUGCCUUUGUCUGUUCUUGGCACGGCAUGGACCGUGCGGUUGUGGUGUGGUGCGCCCUCAACUUUGUCGGAAUCUCUACCGAGCUGCUGAUGGAGGUCAUCAGGAGCAAGGACAGCUGGAAGAAGAUCGAGGGUACCUUCUUUCGUGGAGUGCGGUUGCAGUUUCUGAGGGCUGUCGUCUCCGCACCGCACUUUCUUUUCUCCAUGUUCUCGUGCAUGUUCUUCCUUAGCAACGUGGACGUUGGACUCAUCUUCUUUAGGAGAAUAAUAUGCGGCUACCCGAUUCCUCUGGUGCCAACGCUGCUCAUCAUGUACUGCGGUUGUCACGUCUCAAUUGACAUCAUGGACUGGGAGAUGAAGAAAAAGAAGAAGUCUUAGCACUUGUUCAUAUAUGUAACGAUAAUUUAACUGCACUGAGCAUGGGCUCGCCAUCAUGACGUACAGUCAGUGUCAGUUUUUGUCGGAUUGCAUUAGAACCAUGAAAUCAUCAAAAGUAGCAUACUGUUAGUUUCCAAGGCAGCUCCGGAAUCCCGCCAGUACACUUACCGGGCAUCUUGGUGCUCGAAGAGUGACGCGAGCCUGAGUAUGCGCGUCUGUAAUUAAUGAACGGAUACCAUGUUUUGUUGCAGUGGCUCCUUUGAAUUCUUGGUGGGCCUCAUCGCAACACAUUGUGUGUUUGACCGUAUAACAUUGCUGCAUUACAUAAAGCUAACUUUUUGGAAACUGCUACGACUGCAAUCGGAUCGCCAUGCGAGGCUACGAGAUAAUCGAAAUGGCUGCAGUGUUGGCUUUUGUUAAUUCCGUUUGAAUCUCGCAAUCGUAGUAGAAAGCCUGAAAAAUCAAAUGGCAACGAGUUUCAGCAUCAUAAAUUUCAAGCGUCAUUCGCUUUUCCUACAUGGUAUGUGUCGAUGCUUUGAAGGUGACCAACUUAUCAGGCAAGUUGAAUAGACCAGGCACCCGAAAAAUUGGUCAUUGACCGUAUUUAUUUAGGUAGUGAAAGCCUAAAAAUUAAAUUGGACAGGUCACACCAGCGAAUAUCUCGGGUUCACACUAAUCUAAGGAAUGGAGGUGAUAUAGGUAUUGUACUCAAAGAAAUGUCUUUUUAAGAGGUCAGGCUAACUGGUCACCAUUUCUUAGUGAAGUCCUAGGUAAGUAAAAUAGAAAAACAUUUUCCUAAAUUUAAGUACGUACUAUCGGUGACAGCGAACCUCUGAGAAGUCCUGCACAUUUUUUUUUCUCAUUUAGUCCUUUUUUGGUCAGUUUUAUUACAUAAACCAGAUUUAUAUUUUUUACUUGUACAAACAUUGGUUUACACAUUUAUUUGAGCUACUUGACUUCUUUGAAGCCACUCACAAUAAAAUGCAGUUUAUGAACCUUUGAUGACUUGUCUCUGCCGUUUCUUGGUUACUACUUGGGGGUAAGUUCACUUGGAAAUCGUACAG